AUGGAUUCUGGCGAUGACCCUGAGACUGAAAAGAAAAUCGUCCAGCCAUCGUCAACUGGAUCGGAACUUGUUCGAAUCUCCUCUGAAACACAACCUGGCAGGACGGUCCUUCCCGAACCCGUCGCCAAAGCAAUCAGUUUGGCCACCCGAUCCAGCAGUCUCGCGCUUCGUGUGGGAACUCUCAUCACUUCGUAUGGGUUCGAUGCCGCCAAAUUCACGACCUUGUCGAGCCUGGAGCUCGGCCGUGGCAUCCUCGAAGGAAUCCUCCACCGAGCUGGACAAAAUGCCAUCGCACGGUCACAGUCCACCUUGGCCCGCGUAGAUGCCGAGACUGUCAUCGAACGGAGUCUCGAGAGCCUGCACAUGGCCAUGUCCCAGAUCGUGUUCUGGACGACCGCCGGUUUCUAUGUUACCGAAACGACCUUUUCCGCUGGUUCGCAGAUAACGCAGCUGCUUCUGUCGUCCAUGGACCAGUUCUUCGGCUCCACAGACUCGUCCCGCGCAAUCGCCAGCAUCAUCACGCUGGUCCGCCGUGAGUUUCAGAACCCAGCAACCGGCCACAGUGGUCAGAAGGUUGGCGUCACGGAUCUCGCCAUGGGGAUCUGUGCAUUGGCAUAUCUUCAGCAGAAGUGCUGGAAACUCCCCGAUGAGGAAAGACGCCGAGCGCCUCAGGAGGAGAUUGUUUGGGAUAUCGUCGUUCUCAGCGAUGGCGAACGAGUCGACGUCCACGAAGACAGCCUCUAUGGCAUGCACAAGGGUCGUUACGAGCCAAAGGGGCCCGGCAUCCUUGUUUCCAAACCCGGACCCUCUCCUGGCCCAGACCUCAUUGCGACGCUGAAGCGACACGCCAGCCAAGACAGUGGUGACGAGGAUGACUAUCUCUCCCCCGAAAAUCGUCUUCGAGACCAAAUCAUGCAAUCUCUACCCGCCGACACGAGCGUUUCUAUCACAACAUCUACACAUACGCAGAAGACCAUCACUGUUGAAUUCACUGGCGCCGAAUCGCCCGCACUGUCCCCACCCCCCGGUGUUGAGCUUGUUGAGAGAGAAUUCAUCCCUGCGGCCGAUGCUCGAAGAGACGUGUUUUCGAGUACCACCGGCGGUGCGGUCACCGAUCAAAUCACGCAACGUGUGGUGUACAAGUUCGACAAGACGAUGCUCCGGAGUACGGCCUGUCGAGGCUACGACCAGUCUCCGAAUGUGCCUGGAUCAGUGGCCGAGAUUGAUGUUCUUCUUGACGGGCCAGACAAUCCACCUCCACAGCUACCAGAGCGUCAUAAGGCGCUAGAAGAACCACCCCCUAUUCCGCCGCGGCGGCGCAACUCAAAAGCUUUCGAGGAACUCGCUACAAGUCCAAGGUCAGAGCAGACCAUGACCCCUCCUGCGUCAGACUCUUUCCACAGACAAACCUCCCGCAAGGUGUCUGACUCCGUACUCGACAUUGUGAAGCCCCAAAUCAACACACUUUCCGACAACGGAUCAAAUCAGAAACGCCAGCGUGCUCCGUUAGGGCCAGUUGGCACGAAGCGUAGCUCUGAACCUUCGCCCCAGGCUGAGGAGCCUCUCUCGGCCAAACCGCGAUUGACCAAGUCCAAGACUGAGCCCAUCAAAGACGGCAAGUUGCCCCCGAAGAAGACGGGUGUGCGACAAGCUCUGAAACGAGCUCCAGGUUCUAGUAUGUCCAGUCUCUGGAGUCGAGAUACACAUGAUGCAACUGCCGCGACGGCCCCUUCAACAAACCCAGCACCGAAACCAAAGCCGGCGUCAACUUUGAAGAAGCUUGUCAGCCCAACUAACCUACCCCAUCGUCCUUUUAAUCGAGCAACAGGACCGACUGUCUCGUCCAAUCUCCGCGAUAAAGGGCCCUUCGAUGACCAUGCCGAAAAUCCUCGCAGCUCAUCUCGGGCAGGCUUCAUUUCGAUUCACGAACGUCGCCGGGAUUCGGUUGUAUCUCAAACUGAUACUUACUCGAUGCACUCCAUGGACAGUCUUAGGCCGGAAUCCCCCAUGCUUGCCCGGCGAUCACCGAGCGCCUUGGGCAAGGCGUUUCCAGAGUAUGAUGCAAGUGAAUUUGGCUCCCCCGCCUCACCUAGAGCCAAUCGCAUGAGGCAAAGAGGACACACUCCCAGCACCAGCCUCUACAGCAUAGCAACGAAUGGUUCGCAAACCUCCCUGGUCUUGGCAGCGAGGCAUCCGAAGAGUGCCUACACAGAUUCGGAGGCCAUCGAAACGUUGCGAUGUGCCGGCGUUGUAGAUGGAAUGUUCCCAGCAAAACAUUUACUUCGCAACAUCACACGCUUCAUGCUUUACUCAUCUGCCGCAUAUGGGUCGGGAUUCCUCAAGUUCAUGAGGAUCUCGAGGAACUUACCCAUCCUCAAAGCCAUGGACGAGACGCAUCAUGAAAUACGAUCAUUUGCUCAUCACACGGGGUCCAAGGCUGAAGACGUUCUCAUGGCUUCUUUCGUCGAUUCUCACGGCGGGUCCGACACGACAGGUGCAACUGGUACCGGGGUGCCCCUAGUCCAUUAUAUCUCUCUCGAUCAUGAAUCCAAAGCGGUAGUGCUGGCCUGCCGAGGUACCUUGGGCUUCGAAGACGUUCUAGCUGAUCUCGCUUGCGACUACGAUGACAUGUCGUGGCGUGGGAAAUCAUAUCAAGUUCACAAAGGCGUGCACGCAUCAGCACGACGACUUCUUUACGGUGGCGACGGCCGAGUCUUGUACACGCUUAAAGAAGCACUCGACGAGUUUAGCGACUACGGCCUCAUCCUCUGCGGCCACUCCUUAGGGGGCGCCGUGACAGCCCUCCUAGGCACCAUGCUCGCCGAGCCGAGUCCAACUGGCACGGGGUUCGUGACCUCUGCCGAACCACACCACCGCCUACUCACAUACGAGUCCUCGGCCACAGCGGGUUCCGGUGGUACGACGCACGUCUGCCUCCCCUCAGGCCGGCCCAUACACGUCUAUGCCUACGGCCCGCCGGGCACAAUGUCUCCCGCCCUGCGCAAGGCUACACGUGGCCUCAUCACAAGUAUCGUCCACGGCCACGACCUCGUACCGUACCUCUCACUCGGCGUCCUGCAUGACUUUCAAGCGGUGGCGCUCGCCUUCCAGAGCGACAGCACCGACGCCUCCCGCUCUGAGGCCCGCCGGCGCGUAUGGCAAGCUUCCAACACGGACUGGCCGACAAGUGGGGAGGUAUUCGUGGUCGAGAGCUCGAAAGUGUUGCGGAGGGAUGCCUUUGUGCUCGCUGAGGAGGUGGACAUCGGGCGGCCGGCGAAGAGAGUCGUUCUUAAGUAUAUCCGAGAUGUUGAGGCGCGAUUUGGAGAGGUGCGGUUCGGGACUAGCAUGUUGAUGGAUCACAGUCCGGCCAAGUAUGAGGAGGCGCUGCGGAAGUUGCGGCUUGGGGUGGUCGACGCAGGAUACUAG